AAAAAAAUGGCGGUAUUCCUUAGAAUAUAGACAGAAAACUCUCAAGAGGUUUUUCAUAUACUAAAGUUUUGAACAAACUGAAGGUCUUUUUAAAGUAAACCUUUUAUGUAGGUGGAAUUUUAAAGGAGGAUUUUUAUAGUGUAAAGGUUCGGGAAAAGGUUUUAUAGUGAAGUUGUCUGCCAAAGGACUAAACGCAGCGGAGUUUGCGCAGAAAACUGGGAACGCUUAUAAAGGGAGCGGGAAAGUCGGACCCAUUCACAAUUUGCCUGAAGCCGACGUCACUGCUCAGUGGAAUUGUUAACUUAUCAGUGAUAACUUUUGUGAAAACUUUUUCAAAAUGAGAGUAGUUCUUUAUUUGGUCGCGGCCGUGCUUGCGUGCAACAGUAUUGAUGGCUUGCUGCUACCGGGCUGGCGAGGGGAACAUCGGAGUCCAGAAAAACUAAUGUCGUGGUUUUCCAGAGUGCGUCGCUAUCCUAUUCCCACUCACAAAGUUAUCGACCCUGCUGAAGAUUGUUUCCUGGUGACAUCGGAAGAAGGGGAGCUGUUCUUUAAGUCUCCGUCUGAUGAGCCGACAGUAUGCGGCAUCUACAUGAUAACAGAUCCUGACAAGAGGAUCCAGGUCAUGUUCAACUACCUGGACGUUCCGUGUGAGAAUGGCGGUUUGGUUGCGUGGGUGGAUGGAUGGGAAUUAAACGGCCAAGUAUGGCCAGCUGACUCCUGGGAUGACGAUAGAGUGAUCGAGUCCUGUGACCAACGUCCACAGCGGAAAUUGGUGUCCCGACAAAAUGCUGCACUCAUUCAGUACAGAGUUCCAGCCAGGGGAAAAGGAUUCGCAGUUACGAUAAGGCAUUUGAGGAAUGCGAGACCCUGCAACCUAAUGUUAUUCGGUGCUGAGGGUGUCUACACACUGCGGAAUCAUGGCGUGACAGGAAAUUGCUCGCUCAUUGCAGUCUCACCAGCUACAGUUCGUGUACUGGAUCUUAACGUUGGACAGUCCGUGAAAAGAGGCACCUUACUUGAAAUGGAAACAGGAACUAUUCAUCACUGCACAAAGCGGGGUUUGGCCGACUACGUGGACAUUGGGGGCGCCAGUGGCCUCGACCAUACCAAAAUGGAGGUGUACGAUAGCAUAUGCGGGCUUGACUCCAAGGAAGCAUAUCGCCCGGCUUUCAUCGCAUGUGAGGAUACAGUAGUCCGGCUAGUGUCCAGUGGGAGCUUCCAGAAUUCAAUCACCCUGGCUUUCGCACCUCUACCCGUAGAACAAUACGAACACGCCGACCUCAUCUGCGGCCUCAGCGAUAUCUAAGAUCAUCAUUCAGAUACUGGAGCCAGGAUUCUCUAUUACAUUGUAAACGCACACAUAACCACAACUUAGGACGCAAAAUUGUACCUACUACCAGUACUUUAACAAGAUGUAAAUCCCGAAAAACUUUCUAAACGCUUGCCGAUUCGAGUAAAGCUAACUUUCGAAAUGUGGCUAAGCUUUAAUUGCCAGAUAUGUAGAUAGAGAAUCGGGGCCCUCUAAAUCGCUUUACGGCCUUGAUAACAAAUUAACUGUCAAAACUAAUUAACUGCGUUAAUUAAGUUUUUAACAUGUUCACUACAAUUUUAACGAAGUAGGAAUUUACUCGAUUUACUUGGAUGUACUUACGUGAAUAGAGUUCAGUGAAUUUUAAUAACAUUCUUGAUGUCUAGAGAUGUGUUUAGGGUAAUUUAAUUAUUAAAAAUACGGUG